UUUGAGCUCAGGGAGUUUGGCGAGCAAGACACCCCGCCGUACGCCAUUCUGUCGCAUACCUGGGGCGAUGGGGAAGUCAGUCUUCAGGACAUGACCCUUGGUCAUUUUGCAGAGAAAAAGGGCUAUGCCAAGAUCCAGGGCUGCUGCUCUCUCGCAAGGGCAAACGGAUACGACUAUGCCUGGGUGGACACGUGCUGCAUCGACAAGACGAGCAGCGCGGAGCUGUCCGAAGCAAUCAACUCCAUGUACCAGUGGUACGGAGAGGCUGGUGUGUGCUACGGCUACCUGGCAGAUGUGCCGUCCACAGCCGAGUUCGCAGAGAGCAGAUGGUUUACUAGGGGUUGGACUCUCCAAGAACUUAUUGCGCCCGAGACGGUCAACUUUCUCGACGAGGCAUGGACCGAGCUCGGCACCAGGGAGACGCUGAAGCAGGAGAUUUCCAAGCGCACCGGCAUUCCUUUGAGCGUGCUCUCUGGCUCCGACCUCAAGGGGAUGAGUGUCGCGCAGAAAAUGUCAUGGGCUGCCUCAAGGAAGACGUCGCGCUCCGAAGACCGGGCCUACUGUCUCAUGGGCAUCUUUGGCAUCAACAUGCCGCUGCUGUACGGCGAAGGCGAGAGGGCCUUUAUGAGGCUGCAGGAAGAAAUCAUGAAGGUGACGGAUGACGACAGCAUCUUUGCCUGGAGGUCCAAAGGC